AUGGGCUCGGAAGAUACUCAGAAAGAAGCCCCCGUGGAAGCUCCCGAACUCCCCCAGCAUCGUCAAUAUGGUGACACUCCGGAUGGCGGCUUGCUGGCAUGGACUCAGGUUGCCAUGGGCCACCUGGUAAUAUUCAACUGCUGGGGCUACAUAACCUCGUUUGGCUUCUUCCAACAAUACUACGUUGAGCAGCUGCACAGGACGGCCUCCGACAUAUCAUGGAUCGGGUCGAUGCAGAUGUUUCUGCUGAACUUCGUCGGCUUCUUCUCCGGUCGAACAGUUGACUCGGGACACUUCCGACUAUCGCUGAGCAUUGGCUGCGCGUUCCAGGUCGCCGGCGUCUUCUUUACCGCUUUCUCGACCAAGUAUUGGCAAGUGUUUCUCGCGCAGGGUGUGUGCAGCGGUCUCGGCCACGGUUUCUUGUUCGCGCCCAUCGUGUCCAUUCUUCCAACCUAUUUCAAGAAGAACCGUGCCCUGGCCGUAUCGUUGGCGACUUGUGGCGCCUCCACGGGCGGCAUGGUGUUCCCCAUCAUCGCCUACUUCGCGAUGCCGCGGCUGGGGUUCCGGUGGACCGUCAUCAUCAUGGGCUGCGUCAUUACGUUCAACGCAAUCAUGAUUCUCUGCUUCACGAGGACACGCGUUCCCGCCCGCAAGCCUCGGUCGUUGUUCGACCUGCGUGCUUUCACCGAACUGCCCUUCGCGUUGUUCGCCGUAGGCUCGUUCUUUGCCCUUUGGGGCAUUUACUUUGCGUAUUUCUAUGUGAGCUGCGACUCCUGCUUGGGUCAACUCUCGUCAUCUAACGUCUUUCAGAUUGGUAUUUUUGGUCGCUCGGUUUUGGAUUUCUCUUUGACCCAGUCACUCCUUUCCAUCAUCGUCAUGAACGGUGUCGGGCUUUUCGGGCGUGUGAUCCCGGCCUUGCUGGCUGACAGGUACUUUGGGAUCUUGAACACACUGAUCCCCGUUGUCGGCGCCAGUGGCAUCCUCAUUCUUGGCUGGAUAGGGGUUUCUUCCACCGGCGGUCUGUUCGGCUGGGCGGUGAUUUACGGAAUCGCUGCAAACGCCACUCAGAGCCUCUUCCCGGCCGCUGUCGGUGAUCUGAGCACCGAUCCAACGAGGGUCGGCACGAAGGUGGGCAUGAUCCUGGCAGUGGUGGGCGUUGCUUGCUUCACGGGGCCUCCCAUUGGGGGACAUCUAAUCGCAAUCAAUGAUGGUAGCUAUCUGUUUGCUCAGAUUUUUGGGGGUCUUGCUAUGUUGGCAGGCUGUGGAACUUACAUAGUUGUGGCCUUUAAACGGCCUAAAAAAGUGUUGUGA